GGGAUGCUUGAGGUAUUUGUUUCAACAUCUCUGUUUCUCCCGUUGUUAUGAGCGCCUUUUCCAAAAAAAACUCCACAAAAAAUGGUGUUAAUACUGUGAUCUUUUCUAGGAGACACUGGUCCAGUUUCGGCUGAGUUUUUAAAAUUAAUUUUCACAGCUCCUUUACUCUUCCUCUGGUGCAAAAUCAUCCUGGGAAUUCUGCUGUUGGGAAGCAUCGCUCUAAAAAUGGCUGUGAUUCUUCUCCUCUUCUCAGCUUCCCAGUGUAAAGACAAAAAGGCUGAUCCUGUGUUGCUAGAGAAAAUCCUUGAUAAAUCCUGUAGAGCUCCAGUAUUUGCUAAUGUGAAGUUCGAUCCAGAUACUGCGCAUCAUACAAUUGCCAUCUCUAAAGAUUUAAAAAAUAUACCGUGGCAAAACUUGACAUGGGCUGUGACAAACAACCCGAAAAGAUUUGAUUCCCACCCCUGUGUGUUGGGCCGAGAAGGAUUCACCUCUGGAAGCCACUGGUGGGAGGUAGAAGUAGUCAAAGGCCACAACUGGGCACUGGGAGUUGCCAGAGAAUCUGUGUCUCGGAAAGACAACAGUCUGUUUCGUGAAGGAUUGUCCUAUUGGACUAUUGAACAUUAUUCUGCUUCAUGGAAUGGCAUAAACAUUCCUAAUUAUUCCUCGCAUAUGGUUCAAGACAUCAAGAAAAUAAGAGUCGUUUUGAACUAUAGUGGUGGCCAGGUGUCAUUCUUUAAUGACAGUAGAGAUCUGCUUUACAAAUUACAAGCUGAGUUCCUAGGAGAGAAAGUCUACCCCUUCUUCUGUGCGGGGUCGAAAACUCAACUUAUACUACUUCAAUGUCCAUCUGGAAAAUAGUAUUAUGUCCUGAACUUAUCACCUUCACUCGGUUACUCCUGAGAAUCUAGAUGAACAUCUUUUAACAGAACUACUGCAAAUCACAUGAACAACCUGAGGACCUUAAGAGCAAUCACCAGCCAGCUGGCGUCUUAAGAGUUAUUGGAAGAGGCCCUGAAAUGUGGAGAGGUAGAAAUUUGAAACAGGAAUUUUUGUGUCUGUGUGAUAGAAUAUUUUUUUAAAAAUGUGCAUGAAAUGAUUUGUGUAUAUUGAACCACUGGAAAAUAAACAUGCCACUAUCUCA